GUUAUCUUAACUUUUCGCCCUAAGGCUGCCACAACAAUUAUGUGAAAUUAGUACAUUCCUUCCUUGCAAAUGUGCUAAUUUUGUGCAUUGUAUACAUGGAUUGUAGGCUAGACUAGCUAGGCGAUGAAGUUACUGUAAACGAACAAAAUCAGUUUAAGGAGUGAUUGGUAAAGGUUCCCCUUUGUAACACCACCUUCGAGACCGCAGGGAUGGCCCUAGAACAACUCAGCGAUGUCGUCCAGAGAUGUCAAGCCAUCGGAGAUGACAACUACAGGACUGAGGAUUAUGAUAUGUUCCAGAUAGCUGGACGUUCCUGUAUAGAGGAAGGAGAGAGUGCUCAUGUUCUGAGUAUCGUUGUAGAUGAGGAAAAUAAGAACAUAGUAAGAUGUAUGGGGUGGAACCUUUUGGGACCUCUGGUUAAGGUUCUCUUAAAGAAGGAGGAUAAGAAUCUUCCUCACUGCCUCGCCAUCCUUAAUCACCUACUGGAGGUGUGCAGUCCCAAAGAGCUGCUGAUUGGCCUGCUGGAGCAGGUGGAGGAGGCCCACCAGGAUGCCAUCGCAGAGACCGUCAUCCUCCUGCUGCAGCCACUACAGAAAGUGUUGUUGCGGCUGGGCGGUCGGAAGGCCUCCUCCGUCGGCAUGGCUCUCUCCAGCCUGCUGGGACAGAUGGCCAGGCUGCCAGUGCCACAAACCAAGGAGCAGGAGGAGGACGACGUGUUCCAUCUGUGCCGCUGCUGCUCCGCCCUGCUCGACUUCGUCAGGCCCUUCGCGGAGGAGGCCAGGCGGGGCCGACGGGACGGAUUCACCAACGGGACGGUCACGCCCGAAGACGAUGAGCUGAGAACGGAGCUGCUGAAGUUCUGUAUGAAGAGUCUCCAUGAGCCUCUCCUUGACGUGCAGCUGAAGGAUCCCGAAACCCUAGAAGACUCUCCCCUCAGAAACUUUGCCACAGAGAUUCUGGGCAUCUUGUCAGGCAUCGGGGAGACCCUCUCUGACCUGCUGUGUCAUGGCCUUCUGAACAAGAAAGAGGUCCCUGGUUUCCUGGAAGAAGAGGUGUGCUACCCCAAAGAGUCUCUAGCCAGCCUGGCCUACCUGCUGUUUGUCCAUCACAUUGCCAUAGAUAGUUUUCCCACGGUCUUCAGCCCAGUGUUUGUUCUUCAGUGUAAUAUGGAACACAUCAACCUCUUCUUGAGCAGAACGGAAGAAACCCGGAUACAGAAGGGAUUGGACCUGUAUGAGAAGACUCUGGUGAGGGUUGUGGACAACAGUCUCCCAGUGCAGCUGCUGGAGCUCAAAUCCUUUUUUAGUGUCCCUCAGAACCUGGUGAAAGUCAUGACCAUGUGUCCAGUUCAGCAUUUGAGAACAAAAGGACUUAAAGUAUUGCAGUUGAGCGUCGAUAAAUUUGACACAGAAGCCAAAUACAAGUUCUUCCAGUGCAUGCUGAGGACUAGUCACCAUGCAGGAGUAGAGGGCUACAUUGUCAAGAACAUCAGAAACCAGAUUGACCUUGCUUUAAAGCCAGAGAAGGGUAACAAGUGGUUCCUUGGGGCGCACCUGCUUCCUCUUCUGCGUCAGGUGCUGUGUCUGCCCCAGGGUCCUGAGACUGACCUUCUACAGAACCUGGACCGGAUCAUGGAGUCUCUGAGCCUCCUGCGCUAUCUACUUCUCAGAGACAAAGAGUGGGAAAACCAGACAGGGAUCUGGACUGAGCUGUAUAAAAUUGAGGACAACUAUAUGAAGCCACUACGCAUUGGACUGAACAUGUCCAAAGCCCACUACGAGGCUGAGCUCAGCAACACCAAAGAGAACAGCAAGCUGGCCAACACUAAAGACUCCCAGGCCCAGGAGUCUGUGUGCUCCUUGACAGUUGGAAACGAGAAGAUGCCAGAUAUGACACCAGAGAUGCAGCUUCAGGUUCUCCACUCGGCCUUACAUACGUUUGACAUGAUCGAGAGUGUCUUGGCAAGAAUUGAAGAGAUCAUUGAAUCAAAAGACAAACCCUGAGUCCCAGCAGCAUUAAAAACCACCUUGGUUCUUCUCCAUUGAGGAUUCCAUUGACCAUUCUAGAAUAACUGAAACGGUUCCCUUCCCAGCUCCAGUCAAAAGGCAAUGAAUUGGUUCAGUAUGGGAAUAGUUGUAAGAGGGAAGAAAGCCACUGGGGGUGACGGGACGGGGGUGUCAAAAGCACUUUGGGUAGUCUGGUGUUUCUGAUGAUCUUUGAAGAUGAUAAGGAGGAGGCGAUAUUUUAGUUUGACAUCAUGUAAUUAUGUCAAUCCACCAAGACCAGUCUCUCAAAUAAGUGAUUUAACUAUGUUGUAUGUUGGGUGUUUUUAUACUAAAAGAGACCGUUUACAGUUGA